GACAAUUCAUUGACUGUAUAUUCGUUGUAAUACUGAUAAGAAAAUUGACUGCCAAUCUUCCGACUAUAAUACUCUGUACCCAUCAGCUCUCGUGCUUGUUCGUCAAUCAAAUUUUGUAAUUUUGAUUUCUUGUUUGUACGGUUUUUUACUCCACUAAGAAAAAAUGGCACACGAAGAAGGAGACCCGGCCGAAAUCGCAAAGUUGACCGGUGUCGGAAAAUACUUUAACACUCUUACGACCAAAGGACGGGUUAACAUUGUAUGUGCAACUUAUGGAACCAUCGCUGUUGGAUAUCUAUUAUACAAACUGCGCAGCCCAAAAGCAGAAAAACCAAGUUCUUCGUCUUGAAUACAAUUUUUAAUUAAUUUUAGAAAUGCUUCUUAGAUUUAGGAUAUAUGUUUUGAUUAUUAUUUAAGAUUUAUUUCAUAUAAAAAGAAUUAUAAUUAAGGAAUCAUAUUAAAUAAAGAUACCGCAAUGUUCUUUAUUUAGCGUGAAUGUUUAUAUUGUAUUCAGUUUACUAUGGAAGAAAAUAUUUAAUUUACAACAAAUUUAUAUACAUGGUACAGUUAACAACAAAACAAAAAUCGAUCUUUGUUUAAUAAUAUUAACGUUCAUCCAUUUGUUUGUCUCUGGUUAUAACAUGAUCUUCAAAUUUUACCAUGUAAGUAGUACCUUUGUGCCAAUGUGCAGUAACUUUAGCAUUCUAUAAAAUAAUAAAAUUCAAUUUAAAAAACA